AUGUCUCUAACAUAUUCAAAAGAAAACAGUGGAUGUAAUAAGAUAAUUUCUUAUCGAUGUCUUGUAAUUUUUUUCUGUAUUUUAUGUAUGUGUAUUGCAUUAUUUUGUAUAUUACCAUACAAAUCAUUAGUAAUAAAAGAUUCACCUAUAUUUUUACGAUCACUGACAACUACUGAGACAACGACAACGAAAGAACCUAUUUUAGAAGAACGAGUUGAACCAUUAUCAAAACAAUAUGCAUUUGUAGCUUGUUCAAUUCAUUCAUCAAAUGAAGCUUAUUGUUUUUAUACGCCUAUAAUAGUACUUGCAUGGCGUCGAUUAGGUUAUGAAGUAAUUGUUACAUUAGUUGGUGAUUUUAUUAAAUUAAAUCAAACAAAACCUGAUGAUAUUCAACUUGUUAUAAAAUAUAUUUAUGAAUUUGGUGGUAAAAUAUUAGAAUUUCAAUGUCCAGAAAAUUAUGCAAUGAAAAUAUCACAAACAAUUCGUUUAUUUAUUGGAUUUUUACCAUUAAACUUUUCUAAUGAUGAUGAUUAUUUUAUAAUUAGUGAUUCAGAUUUAAUACCAUUACGUCGUACACAAUAUAUGUUAGAAAAAGGUUAUCCAGAUGGUUUUAUUGUUAAUCGUUAUUGUUGUGGAUUUUUUUUUCGACGAAAUAGUUCAUAUCAUAUGAUACCAAUGGGUCAUUUAUAUAUGAAAAGUUAUUUAUGGCGUGAUAUAAUUCUUCAAUCAGUUAUACAUAAAGAAUUAAUUACUAUUAGUCAAAAUUUUUAUCAAUAUACAAAUGGAUCUUAUGAUUAUGAAAUAACAAAAAGAUAUAAAAAAAAAAAUUUUGAUUCAUUAUUAUUAACUAAAGAUAAAAUAGUAACAUUUGAUAUAAUUUCACUUUAUUUACGACAGGAAUUUCGUGACGUAUAUGAUCAACCAACAGUAAAAGGUGGUACUGGAUGGGAUAUGGAUCAACUAUUAAUAACAAUGUUUUUAUUUGAUUAUAUAAAUACGACAACAGAUGGACAAAAAUUAAAAAUUCAUGAACGAGGAUUAUUAGGACGUCUUGAUCGAUCACAACCAUUCAUAGAAUGGUCUACAAAAUCUAAUUUUUCUGAAUUUGGUGAUGCACAUAUAACACAUAACAUAUUUGAAAGAAAAUUUUGGUACACAUAUCGACAUUUAUUUAAAUAUUUAUUUAAUGAAACUUGUGUUAAACUUUUGGAUGAAUAUUAUAAAACUUAUCUUCUUCUACGUCUGAUAUAA